UGGCCCAGUUCUAACCGGCAAUCCAGACGCAACUCGAAGCAAGCACCUUCUGACCUUUCUCUUGCCUUCUUCGCUGCUUCGCCUGCAUCCGGUCCCUUCCCUCCUCCCAGUUCCGGCCACACCCUGAUGGCGGCGAUGGACGUCGACGCCGGCGGCGGCGGGGAGGGGCGCCCAUCGGCAAAGGAGCUCUUCAGCGCCGCGGAGUCCGGCGACGCCUCCGCGCUCGCCUCCCUCACCCCCACCGACCUCUCCCUCCGCAACGAGGACGGCCGCUCCCUCGUCCACGUCGCCGCCGCCGCCGGGCACCCCCAGGUGGUGCUCGCGCUCCUGGAAGCAGGUGGCGGCGCUGCGGCGAGCGUCCUGAACGCCAAGGACGAGGAGGGGUGGGCGCCUAUCCACUCCGUGGCCAGCACCGGCAACGCCCAGAUCGUCGAAAUCCUGCUUGAGCGAGGUGCUGAUGUUGACCUGACUACUGAUGGUGGUCGAACUGCUCUUCAUUAUGCUGCAAGCAAAGGGAGGCUUAACAUAGCUGAGAAACUAAUAGCACAUGGUGCAAAAGUCAACAAGAAAGACAAGUUUGGUUGCACGCCCUUGCAUAGAGCUGCAAGCACUGGAAAUGCUGAACUGUGCGAAUUCCUCAUCGAGGAAGGUGCUGAGGUUGAUGCUGUUGACAGGAUAGGACAAACGCCUCUGAUGCAUGCUGUUAUAUGUGAGAACCAAGGGGUCGCUUUUCUGCUAAUUAGACAUGGUGCUGAUGUUGAUGUUGAGGAUAAGGAAGGCUAUACUGUCCUUGGUCGAGCAUCUAACAGCUUGAGACCUGCACUUAUUGAUGCAGCCAAGGCAAUGCUCGAGGGUUAAUGCGGUGCUGCUCACAGGUAAUAGAAAAUGUGUGGGAUUGGAAAACUGUACUGAUCAGAAGUUUUGAGUGCGAAUUUUCUGUUACUGGAAGUUGUGAACAUGUUGCUAUUAACCAUGAGCAAAGUUUUGCCUCCCCUCUGCCCAUUUUUUAUGGUUAUGCUCUUUUCCCCCUGUGCCAUGAUAGGGCAGUCCGUGAGUGGCAACAAAUUGCCUUGCUGUAUUUCUUUCCCGGAUAUGGAUAGCGUAGAACUGUGCCAUACUUUCUAACAGUUGCCAUGAA